CCUGUUCCUUCUACAUCGAGGACGGGCUUUGCAGAAUUUUCCGUUAGGGAGCGAAUGAGAGAGAAACUAAAAGCAGCAAAGUCAAAAGCAGAGAUUACAUUAUUGCAGGAAGACCCCAGUCCACGACCAAGGCGAUUAAAAAGCAUCAGAGAAAGGAAAACAGAAGUCAGACUGGAUAAAGUGUCUGAUAAUGAUAAAUUUGGGGAGAUGCAAGAGGACAAAUCCCACUCACCAUCAAAAAUAAAGUUUUGUGAUUCUGUCAAAAAGCUUCAGCAAAAGUCAACAUUCCAGAAUGAUUUUCCUUCCGCUGAGGAAGCGUAUAACUUCUUUACUUUCAAUUUUGAUCCUGAACCAGAGAGUAGAAAGGCUGGAGCCAGGAAAAGGAAUGAAUUAAAUGAAGAAGAGGAGGCAGAAGAAGAAUGUGUAGAAACCCACGAGGAUGAACAAGAGGAGGAUGAAACGGAUGAAGACGUACGCCUAGUUAAAGAUGAUUUAUUCAUUAUAGGGCAAACAGAUGAAGAUUUUCUAGUAAUGAAACCUCCUGAUUGUGAAAGCUACUCUGAGCAAGUGAAAAAGGAAAAAGAAUUUCUCUUCACUCCCAGCAUGCUAGCAGUGCCCACUUCUAAGAAGAUGCCUGAAAACAUGCAGCCUAGGUACCUGGAGGAUGAGGGUCUUUACACAGGAGAAAGACCCUUUGUAUCACAGUCUAAUCAAAAUAUUUUAGAGAACAGAAUACUCAGACAGGAGCAAGGGAAAGAAUGGUUUGGUGACGAUGGUAAAAUCUUAGCAUUACCUAAUCCAAUUAAACAGUCUUCUACUAGGCCUCCAGUAUUCUCAUUGGAAGAAGGCAUUGCACCAGAACUUGAAACGGUGUAUAGAAAGGCAAUAAAAAUGACAGCUGCCAAUCAGUAUCUUGUUGGACCUGGAGAUUUUCAGGGGCCAUUUCAAUUGGAUAUUGAUAUUUCUGGACUGAUAUUCACCCAUCAUCCCUGUUUUAGCCGUGAGCAUGUGCUAGUGGCUAAAUUGGCUCAGUUAUAUGAUCAGUAUUUAGCACGGAAACAGAAGAAUCUUAGCGAACUUCUCACAGACAAGCUGCACGCUUUGAGGAAUGCUGUGCAACGUGGUAUAGAUGGUGGUGAUGCUGGUGUUCCUAGCCCUGUGGCACAACAGAGCAUACUUGAUUACAAAGUUGAGAUCAGGCAAACCAGAAGACUUCGUGAUGCUGAACAAGAAAAAGACAGAAUGUUGCUUAAGACCAUUAUAAAAGUUUGGAAACAAAUUAAAUCCCUCCGUGACUUUCAGAAGUUUACUAACACACCCAUGAAACUUUAUCUGAGGAAGGAAGAGGUUGAUCAGAGACUAGAUGAGAAGGCAUAUGAAGCAGAAAUUCAGGCUGAGAUAAAUGAAUUACUAGAAGAAUGUAUGGAAGACUAUGAAAAGAAAAUGGAGGAGUAUAAAACUGAGCUACAAGAGUGGAAAUCCUGGAAGAAGACACAGAAGUCCAAGAAGAAAAAGAAGAAAAAAGACGUUCAUGAAGAUGAAGAAUCAGUAGAAGAUUAUGAUCUUGGCCAGGAACGUGUAAAACCCAUCCCACCUAAAAUGGCCAAUAGCCUGGAAAUAGAGCAGCAAGUUAGAGAAAAAGCUGACAACUGCAGACGGAAACCUGGAGAGCCUGCUCUGAUUCCUGAGCUGGUCCUGUCAGGAAGCAUAACUCCAACUGAGCUGUGUCCUCGAGCAGAAGUUUUGCGACGAGAAGAUGUAAAGAAACGCUCAGCAUUUAUAAAGGUCCUUUUCAACUCCAAAGAAGUAUCAAGGACUGUUACCCGACCAAUAAGUUCUGAUUUCAGAGUUCACUUUGGACAGAUUUUCAAUUUACAAAUAUUCAAUUGGCCAGAGAGUUUGAAACUACAGAUAUAUGAAACAACGGGUAUGAGCAGUACCACCCUGUUGGCUGAAGUGUUCAUACCCGUUCCUGAGACUACAGUUCUGACAGGUAGUGCUCCUAUGGAAGAAAUAGAGUUCAGCAGCAAUCAGCGUGUGACGUUGGACCAUGAAGGAGUUGGGAGUGGUGUGUCGUUUUCAUUUGAAGCUGAUGGUAGCAACAGAAUGACUUUAAUGACCUCUGGGAAAGUAUCCAAUAGUGUCUCUUGGGCAGUUGGAGAAAAAGGAAUCCCCUUAAUUCCUCCAGUAUCUCAGCAAAACAUAGUCAUUCCAAGUGCUUUAAAAAAUAUUGAUGCUAUUGCAUCCAUUGGCACAUCAGGCUUAACUGACAUGAAGAAGCUAGCUAAGUGGGCAGCAGAAGCAAAACUUGAUCCAAAUGACCCGAACAAUGCAGCUCUGAUGCAGCUGAUCAUGGUUGCUACAAGUGGAGAGGCACGCAUUCCUGAUUUCUUCAGAUUGGAGCAGUUGCAGCAAGAAUUUAAUUUUGUUUCUGAUGAGGAAUUUAAUAGAUCAAAGAGAUUCCGACUCUUGCAGCUCAGGAGUGGGGAGGUGGCAGAGUUCCGAAACUAUAAGCAAGUCCCUUUACAUGAACGAGAAAUCAGUGAGAAAAUCUUCCAGGACUAUGAGAAAAGACUGCAAGAGAGGGAUGUGAUUGACAGCAAAAAUUACCUAGAUGCACACAGAGCAGUUGUUGCCAACUAUCUACAGAAGGUUCGAGAAUCAGUAAUAGACCGUUUCCUGGUAGCAAAACACCAUUUUGUUCUCUCUGACCUUGUCAAUGAAGAGGAGAUUCCCAGCUUGGGUAUUUUGGGACUGAGCCUCUUUAAACUGGCAGAGCCAAAACGACCAUUAAGACCAAGAAGAAAAGAAAGGAAGAAGGUCACAGCACAGAAUUUAUCUGAUGGAGACAUAAAACUGUUGGUGAACAUCAUUAGAGCUUAUGAUAUUCCAGUGAGAAAACCAGUGACGAG